AUGCCAACAACCCGAAAAAAAUCCAGGUCUCCCGCGCCCUCCCCGUCUCCGCCCCCCUCAUCCUGCGUCUCUCUGACCCUCCGCUUCACCCGCCCCGCCUCCCGCUCCGAAAUCACCGCCGUGGGCAUCUCCCCCUCGUCCGCCCUCGCCUACGCCAUCUUCCCCGGCGCCCAGACCGACCAGCCAUGGAUCGACACCUUUGAUCUCGUAACCCAGCGCGGCUACUCCAAGAUCAUCGGCCCCGUCGCGAGCUUCUCGCCCUCGCUGCACUCGCCCCCGCUCCGCGUCGGCAAGCCCUCGGCCUCGGCCUUGGCCUUGGCGUCGUCCUCAUCUGCUUUGCCGUUCCCGCGCAUUGCUACCCUCUCGUCGACGGCCUCCCUCAUGGUCCGCGACUUUUCUACUGGCAAGACCGUCCUCGAGCUCAAGGAAGUCUUCGCUCCGAUCGCCUGGUCCCCUGACGGCCGUGCCAUCGCCGCCGCUGAACCCCGGCACCGCAUCGGUCUGUGGGACGCCCGCACCGGGACCCGUAUCGGCCGCGUCCCGGGCCACAUUGACGCCGUGACUCACGUCGCCUUUGCCCCUGACUCGGCUCUCGUCACUCUCUCGCGCGAUGGCACCCUCCGCGUCACGGACCCUCGCACCAGCAAGACGCUCUACAAGCUCGAGAUGGAGACGUCCAAGAACCCGCGCGCCCUAGCCGUCUCCCCCGACGGCAAGACCAUCGUCUCCGUCUGGGGCUCCGUCGUGCACAUCUGGAUGCCUCAGCACGGCCAACUGACUUCGUACAGCCUCUCUAGCACGCGGCCCUGCGAGGGAUGGCCCCUGAGCAUCUCCCCUGACUGCCGCUACAUCGCCAGCUGGACUGAGGAAGGCUUCGACAUCAUGGACGUGGCCUCUGGCGCCGUGGUUUGCACCCAGGACGGUGGCCCCCUGGUUACCUCUGCCGAUUUCUCUUCUGAUGGAAGGACCUUGGUCCUGGGAAGGAUCAGCGGCGACGUCGAGAUUUGGGAUCUUGCCGACAAGCGCGCUAAGAAUUAG